GUCGGAGUCAGAGACGCAUGCUUUGCUGCCACGUGUACCUGGAGAUCUCGCAUCUCUAUAUAUGCAGCGCCAGAAUCUCCCCAAUUUAUGUUCCAACUCAGAUAAAUUGAGACGCAGAAAAUUUGAAAAUAGGUUCCUCUGGUUUUGUAAACUUUGUUUUUAUCUUCAAUGAUUCGAAAAUUUGAUCGGCGUGAUCGCCGGGUUCUGACGUUUCCGGCGGUUCACCCUUGCGAAGGCAUCUCCCCGGCGACGCUUCUCGCUUCUCUGAUCGACCUUUCCGGCUAUAUAUGCAGUUUCCAGUCGACAUUCUUCGCGACCCAGCGGCGGAACGCGCGAGAGGCGAUUCGACAAAUUGGGAUUCUUCUUAUGUUCUUCGAGGAAAUUCGAGACCGCGAAUUGGUUCUUUCGGACUCCGUUGUCCUCUGUUUCUCAGAGCUGCACCUUGCGUUCCAGAAGAUUCAAUUUUUGUUGGAAGAUUGCACGCGAGAAGGUGCUCGGGUUUGGAUCCUGAUGAAGUCUCAAUUCGUUGCGACUCAGUUCCGAGUGUUGAUCAGAACGAUCGCGACGGCGCUUGACGUUUUACCGGUGAAUUCGAUCGAUGUGAGUGCCGAGGCGAAGGAUUUGUUUGAAUUAGUAGCGAAACAAGCGAGGAGAUCGAAAUUUGAGCUCGACUCGGAUGAUGAAACCGCCAUGAAGCAAGUUCUUUCGAUUUUGAACCAGUUCGAAAGCGGAGUUUUGACGGAACAGAGCGCGAUGGAGCUGGUUCUCGACCAUCUCAAUAUUCAAAGCUGGGGUGAGUGCAACAAGGAGGUGAGGUUCUUGGAAGAAGAAAUUAGCUCGGAGUGCUCGGGUUGUGAGGAGAGAGGGGUUCCAUUACUGAGCAGCUUAAUGGGGUUCAUGAGCUAUUGCAGGGCAACCAUGUUCGAGACCUUCGAUUACAGAAACUUACAUCAAACAGAUGGUGGGUGCAGUGCAGACACACUUGGUUGCUUGAAUCCGGAAGAUUUCCGGUGCCCAAUUUCUCUGGAGCUGAUGAUUGAUCCGGUGACUGUAUCCACAGGUCAGACUUACGAUCGCCCUUCGAUUCAAAAAUGGCUCAAAUCGGGAAAUUUGAUUUGCCCCAAAACAGGGGAAAAGCUAACCAACAGCCAGUUGGUUCCCAAUUCUGCUCUGCGCAAUGUUAUCCACCAGUUUUGCGCCGAGAAUGGCAUUUUUCUGGGGAAAUCAAAGAAAAAGAAUCGCGACAUAACGAAGACGACCGUCGCCGGAAGUCUUGCAGCAGCAGAAGCCAUGAAAUUUCUUGCCGAAUUCCUCACCACCAGACUUACUUUCGGAGUACUAGAACAAAAGAACAAGGCCGCUUACGAGAUCCGUUUGCUCGCAAAAUCGAGUAUUUUCAACAGAGCUUGCUUGGUCGAAGCCGGCGCCGCUCCACCCCUUCUGAACCUUCUCGCUUCCUCCGAUCCGUCCACGCAAGAAAACGCCAUUUCAGCUCUGUUGAAGCUCUCGAAGCACGCCCAUGGCAAGAAAGCAAUUGUCGAAAAAGGAGGACUGAGACGGAUUCUCGCCGUUCUCAAAAGGGGUCUAAAAUUGGAAUCCCGCCAAAUCGCCGCCGCCACAUUGUUCUACCUCGCCUCCGUCGGAGAAUACCGCAAACUGAUCGGAGAAACGCCGGGAGCAAUCCCUGCUCUGGUCAGGCUGAUCGAAGACGGGAAGCCGUGCGGGAAGAAGAACGCCGUGGUUGCAAUCUUCGGGCUCCUUCUGUUGCCGGAAAACCACCGGAGAGUCCUCGUCGCCGGAGCUGUUCCUCCGUUAAUUGGGCUACUAAAUUCUUCCGAAAGAUCAGACCUCAUGACCGAUUCUCUAGCAGUUCUCGCAAGCUUAGCCGAGACCUUUGAUGGGUCAAUCGCGAUUCACGAAAACUCUGGUUUACCCCUCAUCACAAAGAAUUUGUGCUCCACUACUUCCAGGGUAGAGAAGGAGUACUCUGUUUCGAUUCUGCUUUCAAUGUGCACCAAUGGCGGAAUGGAAGUGACUGGGAGUCUAUCAACGGACCCUUCAGUCUUGGCUUCUCUGUAUUCUCUCGUAACCGACGGGACCUCUCAGGGAAGCAAGAAGGCGCGAUCGCUCAUCAGAAUCCUGCACAAAUUUCAAGAAAGAAGAUCAUCCAAUUUUAUGGCUUCAACAGUUCCCCAAGAUCAAUUUGUUCACGUGUGGUGAUUCUGGUGAAGUUCCCUGAGUUAUCCUCUACAUCUCUCCUUGCGAAUAUUCACUGCUUGAAGAAUUUUUUUUUUCACUUUAAUUUUACAUUCAGAGAUUUAAUUGAAUGAGCUCGGUUUUUUAAAGAGCUCUAAUGUAUAGCUGUGGUUUUUGGAGCUGUGGAUCCUAAAAUACAUCUGCAUUCUUUGUUUUUUGGUACAAACAUAUGAGUAUGACAAUAAAAGUUAAAAACUAGUGAUAUAUGGCUCUGUAUUUCACUAGUUUAUUUGUUUUGUA